UCUCUCUGACUUUGCUCGCCAGCCAGUCUCAAAUUGACUCCAUCUACACUCGCGACCUCACCUUGCUGUCAGCUACUUUUAAUCCUUCUCAGAAUCCCUUAGAACUUCACACAAAUAUAAGACGAGGAUGGCGACCUUGACAGACAAGAAGAAACUGUGGGGCGGUCGGUUCACUGGAGAGACAGAUCCUCUAAUGCACGAAUUCAAUCAGUCCCUGAAGUAUGACAAAAGGAUGUACGCUGCAGAUGUUGCAGGAUCGAUCUCUUACGCGCGAGCCCUCGCAAAAGGCGGAAUCCUGACUGAAGACGAGAAGAAUAAGAUCGUAGAGGGUCUGACACAAGUGCGCGCUGAGUGGGAACAGGCGACGUUCGAGGUACAACCCGGAGACGAGGACAUUCACACUGCAAACGAGCGCAGACUUACGGAGCUCGUCGGCCCAGUCGGAGGCAAGCUGCACACUGGUCGCUCUCGUAAUGACCAAGUCGCGACCGACAUGCGACUCUGGCUCAUGGGCGAGGUGGAAGAGGUGGUGCAGUCGGUGAAGGCGCUCUUGCGAGUCAUGGUCGAACGCGCGGCAAAGGAGAUUCAGUACCUGAUGCCAGGAUACACCCACCUGCAGCGCGCACAACCUGUCCGGUGGUCCCACUGGCUCCUAUCGCACGCGUUCCCCCUCCAAGCGGACCUGCAGCGUCUGCAACAAAUGAUCCCCCGAAUUGCUGUCCUACCCCUUGGCAGCGGCGCCCUCGCCGGCAAUGGCUUUGCGCUCGAUCGCGACUUUCUCGCGAAGGACCUCGGCUUCCAGUCCGUCGCGGAGAACAGCAUGUACGCCAUCAGCGACCGCGACUUCGUCGUCGAGUUCAUGAUGUGGGCGAGCUUGACCAUGACACAUCUGAGCCGGCUGUCUGAAGACUUGAUCAUCUACUCGACCGCUGAAUUCGGCUUCGUCAAGCUGAGCGACGCUUACAGCACUGGAUCUAGUAUGAUGCCUCAGAAAAAGAACCCCGAUUCGCUGGAACUCAUUCGAGGGAAGACGGGCCGCAUCUUCGGUAACAUGUCCGGCUUCAUGAUGUCUCUGAAAGGUCUUCCAUCCACGUACAACAAGGACCUGCAAGAGGACAAGGAGCCUCUGUUCGACACGGUCGACACUGUAUCAGCUGCCCUAAAGAUCGCUGAGGGUGUCAUUGCAACUCUCGAGGUCAACGCAUCCGCGAUGUCCGGAGCCUUGCAAGAGAGUUCAGACAUGCUUGCUACCGACCUGGCCGACUACCUGGUCCGCAAAGGGAUCCCUUUCCGUGAGACUCAUCACAUUUCCGGACGUGCCGUCGCACUGGCCGAGUCGCGCAAGUGCUCUCUGUCAGAGCUUACGCUGCAGGACUUCAAGUCGCUCAGCGACAAGUUCGACGAGGAUGUGAAGACGGUGUUUGACUUCGAGAACAGUGUACAAGCGCGCUGCUCCAUCGGCGGACCACACAAGACGAUGGUGGAAAGGCAGAUUGACGUGCUGCGUGCUGCGUUGGCCGAAUGAGACCAUCGUGGAAGUCGCGCAGCCAAUAGGAGUGGUAGCAGUGAUGGCGCAGCUGAUACUUAGGCUCUGCACAAAAAAUGUAGUCGUACAUCCACAAUGUAGCCUUUCUUGACUGUA